AUGGAGGAGCAUCAAAUUGAAAAGUAUCCAGUCAGUGGCAGUGAAGAGGAACUGGAGCAGCCCACCAAUACAAAUGCAUCAGUCACGAAAUCACUCAGGAAUAGAAAAAGGACCGCCAAAAGGAAGAGAAUGGCUCAAUCUAAGAAAAAGCAAACUGCUGAUCCUUCUGGGAACAGCAGGCUACAGAGAAAACUUGGAAAGAGAAAGCGUCCUGCCAAUGAGCAACCUGAGGGUCAAGCUACAGAGGAACCUACUCUCUUGCUGAAAUUCAUUGAUGAUGAUGCCAGGAAGAGAUUCGAAUGGAUCUCGCAGAAGGGUUUCAUCACUCAGAAGACCAUCAUCCCUUACGAAUUCCGACAAGGGAAAACUCCAACAACUGAAGAGGAAAUUAAAGAGGAUGAUGAUGAUGAUGAUGAUGAUGAUGAGGACACUGAAGAAGAAGAUCCUGCUCAGUUUCGCCUAGCAAGAAGAAGGCCUGGAUCCUCUAAGAUCACCAUUUAG